AUGGAUGCUUUCGACAAAAUUGCGGAGUCCUUGACUGCAGAAGGCCCGAAUCGUGCCCUCCCUGGGGUUGCGAUGGUUGCGGCUGAUAGCAAAGGUGACGUCGUAUACUCUAAAGGCUUUGGUUUUAACAGUGCAGGGCCGAUUACUGUCGAUACCCCAUUGUGGAUUGCAUCAUGCUCCAAGUUAAUCACUUCAAUUGCCCUGCUGCAGUGCGUUGAGAAGGGCCUCAUCGGUUUAGAUGAACAUGUCGGACGUAUACUUCCGGAGCUAUCAGACCUAGACAUUGUGCAUGGCUUUGACGAAGCUACAGGAGAACCGCUGUUAAAGAAAGCAAAGAACAAGAUAACUUACCGUCAUUUGCUUACCCAUACCUCUGGGCUUGGAUAUGACAUGUGGACUCCGAGCUUGAUUCGGUGGAGAAAAUUCACGAAAACGAGUCCAGUCUCCGGGUUGGUCGAGGUUGAUAAAUUAUUGUUCCCUUUACUAUUUGAACCCGGAGAGGGUUGGAUUUAUGGUGUAGGGCUUGACUGGGCUGGUAAAGCCGUCGAGCGUCUAAACGAAGGUAUUAAACUAGAAGAAUACUUGAAAACACAUAUCUGCGAACCCCUUGGAAUGCAACACACUACAUUCAGACCUUCGCAGAACAACUAUAUUCUAGAGAACCGGGCCAAAGCAACCACCCGCACAACCACAGGAGAACUUAUCACUACACCAGUAGACAUAUGGGCAACCCUCCAUCCGGCCGAUGACUUUGGGGGUCACGGCAUCUGGUCCACGGCGGCAGAAUUCAUCAAACCUCUGGUCUCUAUUUUGAAAGAUGAUGGCAAACUCCUAUCGCCAAAGAUGCGUUCGAAUAUUUUCGAACCCCAACUCUCCACCAGCUCGCAUCUCCUCAAGUUCUUACACUCGUCCGGGAAAGAGGCAGCCAUUACAAAUGGGCUAUCCGGGAACCUAACAUGGAACCAUUCGCUUGUCGGCGUUUUGGCGAUGGAAGAAACACCAAACAGGCGCUCCAGGGGAUCGACGUCUUGGUAUGGACUUCCCAAUCUCGCCUGGUGGAUUGACCCCGAACGAGGAACAUGUGGAGUCUAUGCAACUCAACUCUAUGACUCUUGCGAUGCCCAGUCGCUUUCGCUUUCGGGUCAAUUCGAAGCCACAAUCUUCCAGCAGUUUGGUACACCCUCCGUUAAGCAAAUUGGCUCAAUUAAUUAA